AUGUAUCCUAGCGCGGGCGCGAUGAACGCCGCCGCUGCCGCCGCUGCCGUGGCGGCCGCCAGGCAUCCGGGCCCCCCGCAGCCCGGGCAGCCCAUCAAGUUCACGGUGGGCGAGUCAUGUGACAGGAUUAAGGAGGAAUUUAAUUUCUUACAAGCUCAAUAUCAUAAUUUAAAAUUAGAAUGCGAGAAACUGGCUAGUGAAAAAAUUGAAAUACAGAGGCAUUAUGUUAUGUACUAUGAAAUGUCGUACGGGCUCAACGUGGAAAUGCACAAACAGACGGAGAUCGCAAAGAGAUUAAAUGCUAUAAUAGCUCAAAUAUUGCCAUUCCUCUCUCAAGAGCACCAGCAGCAAGUGGCGUCGGCCGUGGAGAGGGCGAAGCAGGUCACGAUGACUGAACUGAACGCUAUUAUUGGGCAACAGCGACCAGAUCUGCCGCGUCUCCUGCAGCAGAUGCAUGCAGCACAUCUGCCGGCACACGGAGCGCCGCCGCUGCCUCUCCUCAGCCAGGGAGCCCUGCCGCCCGCGGGGUUACUGGGCCUCGGAGUACCCCACCAUCCUCUAUCAGUGCUCGCCAAACCCCCCGACAUACACCGCCCUGAUGAUAAGGGCAAUGGUAUCAGCUCGGCGGAAGAGCGACACAGAAAUUCAAUAUCCCCGGGCGAGAGAGAGAAAUAUAGAACGAGGAGUCCCGCUGAACCGGACCACAAGAAACUAAAAAAGGAGGAAAAAGAUAUGGGACAUGAAUUAGUUGUAGACGACGCCAGCGAAGAACCAACAUCACCUCACAACGGGGCGCCGUCACCCAGAGAGAACGGUCUGGAUAAACUGCAACCCAAGAAAGAACAUCCACCUCACAGCCCGCGGUCCGGAACGUCGAGUAACGCAUCGACGCCUUCCACAAAAAAGUUAGAUGAGAAACCGAGCACUCCGAUUUCUAAACCCGUGACGCCGACUUCCGGCGCUAGUGGUGUAGGGUCAGCGGGGCCUCCUAUGAAGGCGGCGGUGAAGCCUCCAGCAUUACAGUACCCUUACCUGGGUAACGGAGCCCACGACGCGUACGGCCUGGCAGGAUAUUCAGCCAGAGCGGCCAUGGCAUAUGAACCGCUACGUCCGCCGAUUGGACCGGCCGCACUCGCACCCAUACCUGGCGGAAAACCAGCGUAUUCAUUCCACGUGUCAGCCGAGGGCCAGAUGCAGCCGGUUCCCUUUCCACCGGACGCCCUGAUGGGUCCGGGUAUUCCCCGCCACGCGCGCCAGGUGUCCGCGCUGGCCCACGGGGAGGUGGUGUGCGCGGUGACCGUGUCCUCGCCCACCAAGUACGUGUACACCGGUGGCAAGGGCUGCGUCAAGGUGUGGGACAUCAGCCAGCCCAGCAAGGCGCCCGUCAGCCAGCUCGACUGUUUGCAACGUGAUAACUACAUCCGGUCGGUGAAGUUACUUCCUGACGGCCGGACCUUGAUAGUUGGCGGAGAAGCCUCCAACCUGUCUAUAUGGGACCUAGCCUCCCCCACUCCCCGCAUUAAGGCGGAACUGACGUCAUCAGCGCCCGCUUGUUACGCGCUAGCUAUCAGCCCUGACUCUAAGGUGUGCUUCAGCUGUUGUUCGGACGGCAACAUCGCGGUGUGGGACCUCCACAAUCAGACCCUGGUGAGACAGUUCCAGGGACAUACGGACGGUGCCUCGUGUAUCGACAUCUCCGCUGACGGGACCAAGCUGUGGACCGGCGGCCUUGAUAAUACUGUCAGAUCCUGGGAUUUAAGAGAAGGAAGACAAUUACAGCAACACGACUUCAGCUCACAGAUAUUCUCACUGGGAUACUGUCCGACGGGUGAAUGGCUGGCCGUGGGUAUGGAGAACAGUAACGUGGAAGUAUUACACGCGGUGAAGCCUGACAAGUAUCAGCUACACCUGCACGAGUCAUGUGUACUAUCGCUCAGGUUCGCCUCCUGCGGGAAGUGGUUCGUCUCCACCGGGAAGGACAACCUGCUCAACGCGUGGCGCACGCCCUACGGAGCGAGCAUCUUCCAGUCUAAAGAGUCGUCGUCGGUGCUGAGCUGCGACAUCUCAUCGGACGACAAGUACAUAGUGACGGGCUCGGGCGACAAGAAGGCCACAGUGUACGAAGUGAUCUAUUAA